CUCCGCCCGGCCGGGUUCCCGCCCCCGGCCCAGUCCACACGUGGGUUCCCGCACGUCCGCCUGGCUCCCCCUUGACGUCAGCCUCGCCAUUGCAUUUAAGGCCCCUCCCGCAUGCUGCUCUGAGUCCCGGAGCUGCUGCCGCCGAGUCCUGACCUCAGGAGCUGCGCACCUCGACCACUGCCCCACGUGCACUCCCGGUUCCUUUUGGUUCUAAGUCCAAAAUGGCCAGUCUCAAGGAUCAGCUGAUUGUGAACUUGCUUAAGGAAGAGCAGGUGCCCCAGAAUAAGAUUACAGUUGUUGGGGUUGGUGCUGUUGGCAUGGCCUGUGCCAUCAGUAUCUUAAUGAAGGACUUGGCAGAUGAGCUUGCUCUUGUUGAUGUCAUGGAGGACAAACUGAAGGGAGAGAUGAUGGAUCUCCAGCAUGGCAGCCUUUUUCUUAGAACACCAAAAAUCGUCUCUGGCAAAGACUAUAAUGUAACUGCAAACUCCAAGCUGGUUAUUAUCACAGCUGGUGCUCGGCAGCAAGAGGGAGAAAGCCGUCUUAAUUUGGUGCAGCGUAAUGUGAACAUCUUUAAGUUCAUCAUUCCUAAUGUUGUGAAGUACAGCCCAAACUGCAAGCUGCUUGUUGUUUCCAAUCCAGUGGAUAUCUUGACCUAUGUGGCUUGGAAGAUAAGUGGCUUUCCCAAAAACCGUGUUAUUGGAAGUGGUUGCAACCUGGAUUCAGCCCGAUUCCGCUACCUGAUGGGGGAAAGGCUGGGAGUUCAUCCACUGAGCUGCCAUGGGUGGAUCCUUGGGGAACAUGGAGAUUCCAGUGUCCCUGUGUGGAGUGGAGUGAACGUUGCUGGUGUCGCCCUGAAGAAUCUGCACCCCGAGUUAGGAACUGAUGGGGAUAAGGAGCACUGGAAAGAGGUUCAUAAACAGGUGGUUGACAGUGCUUACGAAGUGAUCAAACUAAAAGGCUACACUUCCUGGGCCAUUGGACUGUCUGUGGCAGAUUUGGCAGAAAGUAUAAUGAAGAAUCUUAGGAGGGUGCAUCCAAUUUCUACCAUGAUUAAGGGACUCUAUGGAAUAAAGGAUGACGUCUUCCUUAGUGUCCCUUGUGUUCUGGGACAAAAUGGGAUCUCUGAUGUCGUGAAGGUGACUCUGACUCCCGAUGAAGAAGCCCGUUUGAAGAAGAGCGCAGAUACCCUGUGGGGGAUCCAGAAGGAGCUGCAGUUCUAGAGUCUUCAGUAUCACCAGGUCACUGUCUAGGCAACAGGAGGGUUUAGUUGGCCGUUGUACCCGUUCUUUUUACCUGACUUGUAGUUGAGGCAGUACUGUUAAGAUGGCCUGGGGAAAAGCAUCAGGUUCCCAAAGUUAGAAAUAGAAAUGGUCCACAAAACCCCAGGUCCUGUCCUGAGGGCAGAUGGUACUUCACUUGCAAAGUCCUAAACUGGGUAGUGUAACUUAGCUCACGUCUCUGAGACACCAUGGCCAGUGCCACACAGGCUCCAGUUGCCCUUCAAACCCCAUGUGUGUCACUCUGUUAUACAGCUUCUCCAACCGAGCCUAGCCUGACUUCCCAGUUGGUCACCGCCUGGGAUCCAGUGUAUUAAUCCAAUAUUGCAUGUCUUGUGCAUAACUGUUUUAAAGGAUUUUAUUUUGUGUAUUAUAUAUAUAUAUAUAUAUAUAUAUAUAUAUAUAUCAGUAGUGUAUGUUGCCAUAAAUGUAAAAAGGAAAGAUCUACCUGUGAACAAUGCAACCAAGUGUCAUACCAAGUGCAACACCAAAUAAACCUUAAACAGUGA